CUCACCUGCGCUCUCUGUCCCAAGUCCAAAUAAACCGAAGAGAGAAAUUCCGUCGGUCUCGCCGGAAAGGGGGGUGGUUUUAGAGGGAGAUCGGAGGAAAUUAAGUUAUGGGUAAGAGUGAUAUGAGUAAGAGUAACAAGAGAUGGGCGCUGUUCAAGAGGCUGUCAUUGAGAUUGAAGUUGUUGGGGUCUGCUUUCAAAGGGAAGCGACUCCACCUUUCGUUCAUGGAUGAUGUGCUUUUCAGGAUCGUGUCGGUGUUUGAAGCCAUCGUCUUGGUUGCCGCUUUAUGUUUCUUCUAUCUCUGUUGUGGGUGCCACUUUUGACAAUCGUAUGUAUAUAUAAAUUCACUAAUUUUCAGCUUUUCUAAUGUAAUUUCUUGUAAUUUUCUUAUGGCAAAAUUUCUUCAAGUUUUUAUGGAGAGAAUGAUUGUGGGGUAAAGUUUGGAUCAAUGUGGGGGGGUUUUUUAUGUUGCUUAAUUUGUAUUACUCCCUCAUUUUGAUGUAUUUCCCCACACAGAUGAAAGUAAAUUUGUGAACUCCAU